CUAGUAGUUGACAUUUAUCAUUUCUGUGGACGCUUUUUUUGCCCUUUCAAUAUAUAUAUUAUUUAUAUUUAAAUAUAAUUAUUCAAUUAAAUCCAAGUAUUGUUUUUCGGGCGUUUAGAGUACCAAGUUUCCCAGUGUUCAAACUUGAAUCUUUCUGUUCUGAUCUCUCUCUGCGGGUGAAAAUUCUCUGUUGUUGCUAAUCUCUCUUUCGCAUUGGAGAGGAGUGAGACGAGGAUUUAUCGAUUGAUCUGGUCGUUGUUGGGGGUAGUUGUUGUGGGAGAUGUCUCCUUCCAAUUCUCGUAAUUCAGGGGGAGGACCAAAUUUCAAUAACAAUAAGAAUCACGUACUGCACAAGGUGUCUAAAAUGGACACUCUUGCCGGCGUAGCCAUCAAGUACGGUGUUGAGGUCGCUGACAUCAAAAGGUUAAAUGGGUUGGCCACAGAUCUUCAAAUGUUUGCUUUGAAGACUUUGCUGAUUCCAUUGCCAGGAAGACAUCCACCAUCUUCUGCUCUGUCUAAUGGCCGUGCUUCCAACGGGGAAACUUGCGUUAACAAAAGGCUGCCACAUCGAGAGAAAUCCAAUAUGUUGGAACCAUUCCAGUCCUUUAGAUUGAAAUCUCAUCAGCAGACAAUUUCUCCUACCAUGAGCAUCUUGCAGAAAUACUAUGGCAUCCAAUCUUCAAAUAACGAAGCUGAAGUUGAGGGCACCGAAAUGGCAGUUUACAUGAUUGGGAAUUCAGAUGAAGUUGACGAUGAACCAUUGCUGAAAGGUUCAGUAAUUUCUGAACCUAGUUCCAACCAUCAUCGUAGAUCGAGAGAUUUAACUAAUGGUUUCUAUUCUGAGAAUGGUUCAGUGGUGUACACUCCUCUUGCAGAUGCUAGAGAUGGAGAGGGUGACAAAUCCAAUGAGAAGUCUGUUCGCAGGCGCCAGAAAGCUGAUACUGAUUCCAGGUUGGGCACUCCAGAAAGGUUAUUAAAAGAAGAGAACUGUGGUGGAAGAAAUGGAUGUUCACCAGUAACUGGAAAGAGUUUGGCCAUGAGACCGAAAUCAGCAAGUCGCACAUCGUUGACCACAGCUAUUGAGACAGGAUGGUCGACUUCAAUAGUAGUGGGCAUGGAAGAUGCUAUAAUUACCGAUGGUCCGGCUGGCGUACGUAAAUCGUCAAGCACUCCAAGUAUGCAGGCCCCAGAGAACAAUGGUUCUUCAUCAGUGUGGUCAACAUCAAAGUGGAGUUUCAAACCCGACUUACAGGCUCUCACAACUGCUGCAAUUGCUAUACCGAUACCAAAUCCAAUUACAGGCCGCAAGAGCAAAGCUGCCCUCGAUUAGUUCGGCUUCAUUGCACAUUUAUAUAAUGAAUUGUUUGAUUUCAAGGAAAGGAGGACUACACAGCAGGGCAUUACCCUGCAUUUCAAAGUAUUAUAUGCUGAUGAAAUUCUAUAAAGAACAAGAGCUAUAUAAAUGGAGAGACUAAAGAGAAUUUACAGAUUAGUGUAUCAUUUUGAGCGGUUGUUGAUGGCCCUACGCUAAUGUGGAUAGCAUUUGAAGUUUCUAGUUGCUUGGGAGGCCUUACAAUUAAAAGAAGGUAUAUGCUGCAAUUUUUACAGCUUCCGUUUCAAUUGUAAACACUUCUGCUGGGAGUUGAAAUGCAGAUUCCAGAUCAAUAAUUUAA